AGUAAAAUACCGACUGAUUACUGAUUAGAAUCUAUUUUUUUGAGUUGAUAAACUGUUUGUUUAAUAUUUUUUUUUGUUUUCAUGCGUCUUGGUGUCACUUUCCCUUUCAUUGCUGAGAUGUAAAACAGAUGUAAGAUAAGAUGACAACUAUGUCAUUGUAUUUUUUGAGGUUACAUACGUGGAACUUAACUAUAAGUUGUAGUUGUAGGGUAAGUUUGUAGGUAUUAGUUGUGAAAGAAAAUGUCGUCGAAAAGAAAAAGUAAAGAAAGCAUAAUUGCUAGGGUUAAUUUUCCACUAUAUACUCUUCAGAUGUUAACAUCAAGGCACGUAAUUGUCGGUGGUGGAGGAGGAACAUCCAAAACUGGUGUACAUAAUGGUUUUGAAAUAUUUGAGAUUUUUCAUGAUGGAACACGGUUUGCAGCAAAAGAAGUAACUAGACAUGAAACUGGAGGCAAUGUUGUUAUGAACUGCUCUGUUUACAGUGAUAGAAAAUAUUCUCUUAUGGUAGCUGGACAAGAAAGUGACUGUCAAUUGUACAAACUGAAUCCUAAACUAGUCGAGGAAGUAGAAAAUAUUGGCAAUAAUACUCAUCUCAGGCAAAGAAAUACAAAAAACAAAGAAGUUACAGAUGACAACAAAAAUGUGACAAAAGAGUUAUAUUUUGAUGUUAAGGCAAUAGAAAAUGUUCAAACUGACUUUAAUGGCAGUGAACCAUUAUCGAGGGUAGUAAAAAUUAAUCAUGAUGGUACCUUAUUAGCUACAGGUGGUACAGAUGGAGAUGUACGAAUAUGGAAGUUUCCUAGUAUGCAACCUUUAUUUAUUCUUAAGGCACACACAAAAGAAAUAGAUGAUAUAGAUUUUAGUAGGUAUGACAAUUAUGUGAUUACCAUAGCCAAAGAUGGUUUAGCAGUAUUGUGGGAUUGUAUGACAGGAAAAGAAAGAACAAAACUAACAUGGAAACAGCCUGAAGGAUCAAAAUAUUUAUAUAAACGUUGUAGAUUUGGUGUGAUAGAAGGGCUAGACAAGAAAUGUGCACUAUACACAAUAUCAAAUCCAAUAGGAGUAGCUAAAAAACAAAAAUCCUAUCUCCAGCAGUGGAUACCUGAAGAAAACAUGUUAAGAAGGUGUAUAGAAUUUGAUGAAAGCCUGGCUGCUUUAGCUGUUCGGGAUGAUGGCAGAUUUGUUGCUGUUGGUACAAUGUUUAGUGGAUCAGUGUCCAUUCUUGUAGCAUUUAAUUUACAGAAAAUUUUGACCAUUGUUGGAGCGCAUUCCAUGUUUGUCACAGGGUUGGAGUUUCUUCCCACCCAGAACUUGAACCAUUCCAUUAGUAGUGUAGUAGAAGCCGCAGUCUUGUCCAUUUCUGUAGAUAACCAACUAUGCAUCCAUACCGUGCCAUACAGAAAAACUAUACCAUUGUGGAUCGCUAUUGCACUACUAGUUUUAACUUUAUUUUUGACUUUUUCACUAUGUUCAUAUUUAGGUUUGUGAUAUUAUAUUUAAAUUAAUUUAUAAUUUAAGAAAAUAAAACAUGGAAUUUUUUAGU